UGCACCACGUUGCCUGCGCUGGACCAGCUCAGUUCAGGAUAGCACACACACCAUGAGAGGUGUACUUUUUCAUGGCAUAAGGCAACGCUAGUAAAAAAAAAGCCCUAAAGAUGCGGCAUCCAUCGGUCGGACCGUGGUGACUCAUUGCGCACGGUCGGUCAGUCAGGCUGCUUGAAUUUUUGCGCUUUUUGCUGUGGAGGAUCGAUACCUCUAAGACCCAUAUUCUGGUGGAAGGCGUGGCUUGGUGUCACCGACACAGGGUUGAUUUUUUCCAUAUUCAUUUCUAGGGUUUUGCCUCGUCUCACUGACACGGACGCGCAAACGGCACCCUGAGGUACGGGACAUAAAGCGCCUCUCUUAAGGAAGCUGCACAAAGUGACCGAUAUUGUGCAUCUGUUUUAAUCUUUGGAUUACGACGAAUAUUUAAAGACUGAAACAGUGAAUCCGGCAUGGGAACUAACCCAAAAAGGACAGUGACAGUCCAGAUGGUGCCUCAGCUGGCUGUGGUGGACACGCUGGGCAAUAAGGAGCCGAAUGCCAACUGGGCUAAAGAGCCCAACCUCAAACUCUCUCAGAUUUGUCCGAACCCCACCCUUACAUCUCCCGGCCACAAACAGGAUAACUUACCCCUGACUGCUUCUACCGAUAACAUCAUCCCACAUACACAAAAAACAACCUCCAAGGGAGGUGAACCAGUUAGCAGCGCUAUGCCAGACAAACCAGCACCAGCUAAUGGAAACCAGACAAAAUCAGAGAUUGUGACAGGUGGAGAGCAACAGAUGCCAGACCUGUCUCUAACAAGCCAAGGUGUGGGUGAGGCAGCGGGUGACCAGAGGGAUUCUAACGCUAAUAUGAAAAUGUUAAGUCUGGCUGAUGAAAAGGAAAUCUGCAAGGUGAGUGCAUCAUCUGCUCAUUCAGUGUCAAAGGUUGACAUGCAGACCAAUGACUGCAGAAUAAAAGGGCCAAGUGCAGCCGAGGAAAAGUGUGCGCAGCUGACAUCCUCAGCCAAAGCCACAGCGCGAGAGGACAGUAGUAAACACGUUUCUCCAAAAAAUACAAAUCUUAACAACACCUGCGAAUCAGUGCAUACAGCAUCUGAACCACAACGCGAUAAUAAAGGGAAUGCUUCAGCUUCCAAAAACAAGGACACUGCUGUACCACAGAAAUCUCAAGAGCCUGAUCAUAUACGUAGCUGCUCUCAAAGCUCUGCCAGUCUGCAAGAGACACCCAUACCGAAACAAAGCGCGGAGACUGCUGCAGCGCCGUUAAGCUCCACUACACCUCCAUCUAAGAGCGAAGCUGCCGAGGCCAGGAUUACAAAUAAGAAUUCAAGCUCAAAGCAACCAGAGAAGGAUUUGCCACCAGUAAAGAAACCACAAGUCCCCUCAGAUAAACAUCAGCCAGUGUCUUCACAGACGGAGCCCUCCACUCUACCCCAGGCUAUUCAAAACAUGGCAGCAUAUGGGCAGGUGGUUAAGGAAGUCAGCCAGACUAAUACAGCUGCCUUUGAAGGACAGCAGCAGCACUGCAAGCUGUACAGGGAGGCUUCGACGAUGACCUUAUCUCUGUCAUCCACCCCAGUCAAGCAGUGUCAUGAUAUGGAGGUUCAGGCGGUGGCCAGCAUGUGCAGUAAGGCUGUGGCCACAAGUCCGAGCCUGCUGCACUUCGCUGAGACCCGCAGGCCGAGUGGUGGUGGCGCAGUCCCCAGAGAGGAGGCACAGAGCCUGGCUGUAGUUUACCAGGUUGAUGGGGGUGUGGGAAUACAUCAGAUGAACCUAAAUACUCUAUCUACUGAUCCAAGAUCAGAGAGACUCACUGUUGAGGCAGAGAUGUGCCCUAAUCAAAAUGCCGGUGUGGUUUUCCCCUCAGAAACUUUGCCCCAGCAGCAAGACAAAGAGUUAGGUGCAAAGCCUAAGGACCCCGUGUCAGGUCUGUGUAACACCCAGCCAGUUUAUCAAAUCAACAUUGAACACAGCAACCACAAGGAACAAGGAGAGACAGGUAACUCUCAAUAUAAAACAGCAGUUCAGACAUCUGCAGUGAAAACAGUCACUGCCGAAGCUCCCUCUCUCAAAUCAGGAACACCCCCAGAGACAGCCGUUGCUACCAAGUCUAGAUCUGCUGACAGCAACAAUGCUGCGCUGUCUCAGGCUGCUGUUACAACCAAGCCCAACCAGGCUCUGCCAAAAACAACUGCAACAAACACUAAAUCAAAGUCAGGGCUAACUAAAAAUAAAGCUGGAAGUCCUAAAGAAAAGGGUAAAUCUGGAGGUAAAGCUCUGACGAAGGAGACAAAGUCCAACAAACAGAAGAUGGAACCGGAGAGAAAGGAAGAAGAGGAUGACCAGUCAGGGAAGGAUAAAGGAAAGAGCGUCCAUGACGUUGUCUGGGAUGAACAAGGGAUGACUUGGGAGGUCUACGGCGCUUCUGUGGACCCAGAAUCUCUUGGUUUUGCCAUUCAGAGCCACUUACAGUGCAAAAUCAAGGAGCAAGAGAGGAAACUGAUUGCCCGGACCUCCUUCCGAAAGUCAGUCUCCGACUCGCCAAAACAUGGCAGGAAGAACAAAAGGAGGCAGCAGAACAUUUUCAGGUCAAUGCUGCAAAAUGUCAGACGGCCCAACUGCUGUGUGCGUCCCCCUCCCUCCUCCGUCCUCGAGUAGCACAGCCGCACAGAGGUAGCCAAAGUCGGACUCCUCCCUAUUUCCUAGAGGUCAAAAUGUUUGUCCUCCCCUCGUCAUGAUUGAAUGCCAAGUGAAACAUUAAUGGGACGACAAUCCCUGUAAGUAAGUAUACUGGAGUGUUGUAGCAUAAAGACUCAAAACUAUUUGUGAUGUUUGUGAUCAAAGACGGUAGGAAAUAGAAAUAUAAAAUGAACAACUCAAGACUUAUUUUCUAGAAAUAGAUAUUAUAAAAAGAGAAAACUUUUUUGAAUAACAAAUGCAAUAAUAGUGAAACGCAUGUAUAUUAGUUACAAAGGCAGUUGUAUGACCUAAAAUGAAGUCACAGUAAAAGGCACUGAUCAUGGGGUAGUCAUAUUACUAACUGUCAGAAUAUUUGUGCAAAUAUAUUAAACCAACAUCUCAUUACAUUUGGUGCAUUUGUUAUAUGUUUUUGAGGUGUUUUUGGGGCCCUAUAUUUAUAAGAUUGUUGUAAUUUCUUUUC